GCUGUUAGACAUCUCGAACACAUAUAUCAAUGGAGCCUACACGCGAAUGGACACACGAACAACUUGAAUCUGACAGCGUCAGCAAGAAAGAUAUUGCCAGUUUCCUUCAAGAAAAUGCCAGCGGUCAGUUUUUGUUAGACAAUAAGCUGAAUGGAAAGUUGGCUAUUGUUGCGAAAAACAGCAAGCGAGAAAAGCUUGUCGAUGCUUAUGAGAAGCUAUUUGAAACCAAGAGCUUUAGAGGUGACGAGGCUGUUGACGCGGCAUCUUUGACAAAGGUCGCUAAAACCGAUGAAUCUGAAAAGACCAGCUCGAAGGAAGCUGCUCCUGUAGAGGCUGAAGUUGUUCAGUAUAAGAAGCUCGAGAUCAUGAAGAAGGGAAACAAGACAAGCUUCCCCCGAAAGGGUGACAUGGUUGCUGUGUGGUACACCGGCACUUUGGAAGACGGCAAAGUGUUCGACACCAACAUUGGCAAGAAGAAGGCUCAGCCAUUAAAGUUCAAAGUUGGAACUAACAGAGUGAUUCGAGGAUGGGACGAAGCACUCUUGACAAUGAGCAAAGGCGAGAAGUGUAAAAUCUUUGUUGAAGCUCCAUGGGCAUAUGGAAAGAAAGGUGUGGAGGGUGUCAUCCCUCCAAAUGCUAAUUUGAUUUUCGAAAUUGAGCUUGUAUCUAUUGACUAAAUAUCGGUAUGUAGGAGAAGUCAUAAACAAAAUAAAA